AUGGGAGGGAAAAAGAAGAAGACCGCCGUCCCCAUCAAGAAGGAGAGCAAGUACAAAAUACCGGCGCGUUUUGAUUGCCCGCUCUGCGACGCAAAGAACUCCAUUGCCGUGCGACUCGUGCGGAGUAGUGGCUCUGCCAGACUGCAUUGCCGUUCCUGUCGCGCCGGGGCCGGAAAGGAGUUUCCGUUUCUUCCGCUUGAAAAGCCUGUUGAUGUCUUCUUCCGCUUUCGCGAGGAGCUUAUGCGGCAGGACCGCGAUUUUCUGGAAGAACAUCAAAUUGAUACCAACACGACAACAGCGAAAACAGGUCUUGUCCAGUUUAUGCCGAAAGGAGCGGCACGUACGACAGCAGUGACGGGGGCAGCGUCGACGUCACGGAGUGGGGACGUGGCCGCAAUGCAUCGUAUCGAGCUUGAGGAGGAGGAAGAGGAUGAGGAGAAUGGCUUGCACUUCUUCGCACCGGAGGAAGCAUCCGCGGAGUAUGGAGAAGAUGUAGAAGGAGGUAUUGCGCUUUAA